AUGGCAGACAAAGUAAGCAUAUUGUCAACCUUCCUCGCUCCCUUCAAGUACCUAAGUCCUGGCACCACAAACACGGAGGAUGAAGACAAUCUAAGUACCAGUAGUGCAGAAGUGAAGGAAAACCGCAAUGUGAGCAACCUGGGGACAAGGCCCCCACCCCCUGGAGAGCGGGCCCGCGGUGGCACACCCAGCAUAAAAAGAAAAAGACCCCUGGAAGAAGGAAAUGGGGGUCACUUCUGCAAACUCCAGCUGAUCUGGAAGAGGCUCUCCUGGUCGAUGACACCCAAGAAUGCCCUGGUCCAGCUGCAUGAACUGAAGCCUGGCCUGCAGUACCGGAUGGUGUCACAGACAGGCCCAGUGCAUGCUCCAGUCUUUGCUGUGGCAGUGGAAGUGAAUGGCCUCACAUUUGAGGGCACUGGGCCAACCAAGAAAAAAGCCAAGAUGCGAGCAGCAGAGUUGGCGCUGAAGUCCUUUGUGCAGUUCCCCAAUGCCUGCCAGGCCCACCUGGCCAUGGGCAACGGCACGAGCCCAUGCACAGACUUCACCUCGGACCAGGCCGACUUCCCGGACACACUGUUUAAGGAAUUUGAGCCGUCCACACCCAAUGAGGACUAUGCAGUCUGCCGCCCCGUUGAUGCAGACCUGCUGUCCACCGCCUACCGGCAUGGACGGCUGAUCUACCACACCCUGGACUUGAUGGGCCAGCCCAGGCCGCACAGGCCCAAGCCAGCCCCGACGGCCUCAGGGGAGAGGAAUCCAGUGGUGGUGCUGAACGAGCUGCGUUCCGGUCUGAGGUAUGUCUGCCUCUCGGAGACAGCCGAGAAGCCAAGGGCCAAGAGCUUUGUCAUGGCCGUGUGCGUGGAUGGGAGGACGUUCGAAGGCUCAGGACGCAGCAAGAAGCUGGCCAAGGGCCAGGCCGCCCAGGCUGCCCUGCAGGCCCUCUUCAACAUCCGGCUGCCUGGCCACACCCCCAGCAGGAGUAAAAGUAACCUCUUGCCACAGGAUUUUGCUGACUCGGUAUCCCAGCUGGUAACGCAGAAGUUCCGCGAGCUGACAGUGGGCCUGACAUCGGUGCACGGCCGCCACAAAGCUCUAGCAGGAAUCGUCAUGACCAAAGGCUUGGACAUCAGGCAAGCACAGGUCAUCGUCCUGUCCUCAGGGACCAAGUGCAUCAGCGGAGAGCACAUCAAUGACCAGGGGCUAGUGGUCAAUGACUGCCAUGCAGAGAUUGUAGCCAGGAGGGCAUUCCUUCACUUUCUCUAUGCACAGCUGGAGCUGCAUUUGAGCAAGCGGUGCGAGGACUCUGAGCGGUCCAUAUUUGUGCGGUUAAAGGAAGGAGGCUAUCGGCUGCGAGAAAACAUUCUCUUCCAUCUCUACGUGAGCACAUCCCCGUGUGGAGAUGCCAGACUCAACUCUCCCUACGAAAUCACCACAGACCUGAACAGCAGCAAACACAUCGUCAGGAAGUUCCGCGGGCACCUGCGCACCAAGAUCGAAUCUGGGGAAGGGACGGUCCCUGUGAGGAGCCCCAUCGCAGUGCAGACCUGGGACGGCAUCCUGCUGGGGGAGCAGCUGGUCACGAUGUCCUGCACAGACAAGAUCGCCAGGUGGAAUGUCCUGGGACUACAAGGCGCUCUCCUCUGUCACUUCAUUGAGCCCGUGUACCUCCACAGCAUCGUUGUGGGAAGCUUGCACCACACAGGCCACCUCUCCAGAGUCAUGAGCCACAGGAUGGAGGACAUUGGCCAGCUGCCCACCUCCUACCGGCACAACCGACUCCUCCUCAGCGGAGUGAGUAAUGCUGAGGCACGGCAGCCAGGAAAGUCUCCCCACUUCAGCCUGAACUGGGUCGUGGGCAAUGCGGACCUGGAGAUUAUUAAUGCCACCACUGGGAAGAGGAGCUGCGGGGGCUCAUCCAGGCUCUGCAAGCAUGUGUUCUCGGCUUGGUGGUCACGGCUCUAUGGCAGGCUCAGCACACGGAUACCAAGCUGUGGAGACACGCCAUCCAUGUACUGUGAGGCCAAACAGGGAGCCCAGACCUACCAGUCUGUGAAGCAGCAGCUGUUUAAGGCUUUUCAGAAAGCAGGGCUGGGCACCUGGGUGAGGAAACCACCAGAGCAAGACCAGUUUCUACUAACUCUCUAAAUCACCAGACUCCUUUGCUCUUCAACCAGAG